CGCAAGGGAUACUCGGCUUGUCGUCUCUUUUCUUUGAUCCAUUUUGUCUGUCAUCUCUGGCCAGCCAAUACGGCAAGAUACCUAGCAUCACCGCUGUGCCGACCUCCGGACCUACCUACCGCGCCACGCCUCACCUGGGUUGCCAAAGCCGCAAUUGACUGGACGAGGCCAACUGGUGACUCCGUCUCUUUUCGGAGAGUUGCGCAGUGGAACAUGCUGCUGGGACGGCUAGAGGAAGCCCGGACUACGGCACAGCGAGCGUCACCUGCAGUGGCCAUCAAUCGCGCAUUCAUUGACGUGUGCGUGUGCCUGUGUGUCUAUGUGUGAAAAGACUUUACUUCCAACUCAAACCGCCGCGAUGCAACCCUUUUCUUGCCUUAGUGGGAGUCGGAAAACGGAUGCCUGCAGCGAGCGAGAACUGGACCGUAUAGCCCGCACUGUUAUCGCACUGUGACGGGCAACAGACUACGUAAAAAAUUGCUGAUGGUACUGAAGAGGCGGCCUUCUUUCUAAUUCCUCGUGUCUUCAUUCAUUGUCGUAUGAUUUUCUAUCACUAAGAACUGCGCUUUGGCCGGGUUGGUGGCCUGAUUGUUCUUUGUUGUUUUCUUUUUUUUUCCCUUUCUUUAUUCCAACUUGCAGGUGGGCUACGGCUAUUGUUAUUUCUUUCUCUGGUUUUUGUUUUCCUUCCUUUCCAUACGCGCAUGUCGUGGACCAUGGUCUGUCUACUUUGGUCCCCACCCCCACUAUCUUUUUCUUUGAUCCUGUCAAUGGUGCCGUAGGCAUCUGCUUUGCUGACAUGUAAAUGCUGCAUUAAAUCCGGGCGGGCUGGCAGAUGAAACAUCGCGGUCCCAAGCCGACGGGUGAUGCGCUGCCGUGUCGAGUCGCCCGCUAUCGACAGCCCAGGUGUCGUGGCCAAUGUUCCUGCGUCGUUGCUGCUGCAUGGGAUAACAUGGUGCAAAGGAGCCAAUACUUUGUCACGAUUGCCGUUGGUGGGGUCCUUGAAGCCUUGAUCCCAGUGGCGAGGAAUGUUAUGAGCCAGCCAGACACACCGGCCAGGGCAUGGGGGCCUCCCUCGCUGACGACUCUGGCUACACAAAGGCACCGAUUUGGGCAAGAUUUUAUGCUGCAGCUUGCCAAUGCUACCGUGGUGCUAGAGGGCAGCCAUGGUCUGACCUUCGAGCCGCGCGAUGCCUGGCUACCUACCCACCUAGCCUUUGCAAGAGGGGCUGAGAUGUUGAUCCAGCAACCCGAAAGAAGCUCUGAAGCAAUAGCACGCUUUGGCAGACAUUGCUCCUUUGAGCCACACCACCCGGCGGCACUGCCCAUGGCCCAUGAUCCCCCUCUAGUCCCCAGUCCCCAGUACCAUCUCCCUUGUCAGUCUGUAUUCAUCGGUCCCAAGAAAGCCAUGUAUCGUCAGCCGUAUAUCACUUGUACCGGCUACUCCUAUUCGGGCUGGUGGUUGUUCCUGCAUCUCUGA